GCUCAUACUCUGGGCAUGACGAACUAUUCCACUUUAUUGGCAGCGGAAUCAAGAGACUCUUGGGGAUAAAUUGAUUUCGAGUGAUAAAAAUGAUAUGUUUGGAUUGAUCAUGUUGCAUACCGUCUCGACAGCUUUGAGUACAUGAAGUAAAGGAUACACCACCGGUUUGUGUUAAAACAAGUCGUUCGGUCGUCUGCUGUGGUAUGGUCAAUCUUGUAGUGAUAUUCAAGUAGUUUUAUACCAUUCUUCGACACCUGAUCUUUUUACAAAAGAACAAAUAAUAGAGAAAUAAUAUCAAACUUCUUGCUUUCAAUGGAUAUUCCUCUUCAAUAAACCAACUCGACUGGAACAAGAGUACCACGAUGACCAUGAGCCAAUUGUAAAACUUCGAUUCAAUUUUCAUACCAUCCUUUAGAUACGUGAAGGCGAGUCGUAUCAUGUAUGACGUUCUUCUAUUCGGAUUUACGGAGUGACGUUAUUAACUGAUGGUCAAGUCCACAAUCAGUCAAAACAAAGUUUUCUGAAUGAGAAAUAAAAUUCGAUAAGGAUGGCUUGCCAUUUCGGUCUCUUGUCAUCAAAUACUUCCGGUAAAUACUUAACAUCUGAUUUUGAUGGUAAAAUCAGUCUUAGUCCUCUGGACCCAUCGGUCAACAAACUAUCCAAAGGUCAGCUGUGGAGUCUCGAAGUCGACCCCAAUCCAGGUGAACAACAGAGAGAACCAGAAGGAUGUUCACAGACCCACUAUGCCCUCUAUUCUACCAAUGGGUACCUAUCGGUUGAUAAGUCGGGCAAGGUAUCAGCAGAAGCAGAGCAGAUUGGAAAAGAACAACUCUUCGAGAUCGACGUGGGAACCAGCGGUAGCGGCGCUUGGGUCAUCCGCAGCGUCGCUCAUGACACGUACAUGGGUAUCAAGAGCAAGAAGAUAUUCUUCAAGAAACGUGAAACGUCGUCUUCGGACCAACGUUGGUAUGUGCGACUUGCCAUCCACCCACACUGUUGUUUGCUGAACGUCAAAUCGGACAAGUAUGCCCAUGUGCCGCAGUCAGGACGUUACAUGACGUUCGACGCUGCCGUUCCAUGGCGAUCGGACACCUUACUACAGCUUACAUAUAGCGAGGGAUAUAGUUGUUUCAAGACUACCACGGGACGAUACGUCACCAGGGAAGGAAACUUCGUUACUUCCCUCGUUCCAGACUGUCUCUUCGUCCUCCAAAUCACUGGUGAUCAAUUCGACCUUAAAGACUAUAGAGGAAAUUUCAACUCUGUCAAUACCAGAGGACGAUUGAUGUGUACGAGUGGGAAGGAUAGAGCUUCUUUUAAACUAAAACCCAGCUAUCCUCAUGUUACGUUCCACACAAAAGUUAAAGGAAUGUGGAUGAAACUAUUUGCUAAAGAAGGUGAGUUGUUUGGAAAGUAAUAUGGGAAAAAAAUACACGAGCGGAAAA